AUUCACACUGUCACAAAACGAUGGUGCACAAUGGGUCCGUGGACGCGGGAGUCGCUGGGACGACUGGCAACAGCGAGGCCGACGUCGACGUUGAUGAGGUGCUGACGACGUACAACAAUAUGGUGGAGCGACAUAAUCCUUUCCGAGAACCCAACACGGCGUCCAACUACGAGGAAUUUCGUCUCGCUGCGGGAUAUGACAUGAAUCUGUACGACAUAUGCCGGCAGCCCCGUGAGCCACAGGACAGGACACUCCACAUUCCAGCCUCGUCCUUGGAUGAAGAGCUGAAUUGCGCCAUUUGCACUGGUAUUAUCCGUGAUGCGAUGGUGAUCACGGCAUGUCUUCAUCGUUUCUGCACUGUCUGCAUUCAUCGACACAUCCACGAAAAAGGAAAGAAUACAGUGUGCCCAGUGUGCAACACGCCCUUCACGACCCGCCGAGCGCUAAGACCGGACCCCACGUUCGACAACCUCAUCAAGAUGGUGUAUGGCGACGUGGAUGCGUACGAGCAGGCCGAGGAAGCGCGCAUCCAGCUCAACAAUAAGGAACUCUUCCCUCGAUUAGAUCUCGACAAACACAAGGACGACAUCCCGAUCAACCCCAUCGCGAACAAGCGGCAUCGCUCGCGAUGAGGUGUAGCAGAUUGAAUGAUCAAGUUCAAAUUGAAAUUAUGCUAAAAUCUCGCAAAUGUAUCCAAUUAAUAGUUGGCA